AUGCCGGACGAGGAUUUUGUGGAGGUCAAGUUCAGAUUGUACGAUGGAUCAGAUAUGGGUCCUUUCCGAUAUUCACCCACCUCCACCGUUGCUAUCCUCAAGGAGAGAGUUGUAUCCGAGUGGCCUAAAGAUCAAAAAAUUGCACCAAGGUCCGCUGCCGAUGUGAAAUUGAUAAGUGCUGGGAAGGUAUUGGAAAACAACAGGACCCUUGCUCAGUGCAAGAUGCCAUUUGACGAGCUACCAAAUGGAGUUGUCACCAUGCAUGCCGUUGUACAGCCUAUAUAUGUAAAAGCAAAAACAGAGAAGAAGGUCGACAAGGUUCCACAGAAAAACCUGUGUUCAUGUUCAAUAUUGCUCGAUUUUGAACUCUUCGCUAAGAUGGCCAUCCACCCAGCGUGGGGCGAUCCCAUUUUCAUUAAAUCGGAUACUUUCAGGUGA